ACACAUGUUGUUGCAUUAACGGAAGAGAUUUCAUAGAAUGGCAAGUAUACUUAAUAUUACUGGUUUACUAACUCACUGUUGAGGAUGAGUCUCAUGCAUCUGCAUCAUCACACGCCUAUCCACAUAUCUAUCUCAACGUACUACUUAGCGAAACACAAAAACCUACAUUUCAAUUGUACACAAGAUCAAAGUUGCCAAACCACCCGAAACUAAGACGGAAGAUCUUUUAUAUUUCCAAAGUUUUCUCAAUAUUCAGUCCACCAGAGUUGUCUGUGGACAAAAAUAGAGCAAAUCCGGUUGACAAUAAUAACUUAUUGUGAGUAGUAGUCAGUGAAGUUCUGUGAUAUUGGCAGUUCUAAAGUUAUGGGGCGUGUGAAUAACCUGACCGGAGUUCCUAUCGUAUUUCCGGAUUCUGGGCACGAUGGCCCUCCCGUCGAACCUCAUUAUGACGAUCGAUAUCUUCACAUUUAUCAAUGGGAAAAAUAUGACCACACGAAAUGGCAUGAUUGGAUGCACAGAAACUGGAACGUUAGUUUAUAUGCGUCGGGAAUUUACGUGAUUUUAAUAUUUCUGGGCCAACACUUGAUGAAGAAUAGGGAACGGUUCAAUCUCCGGAAAACACUCCUCGUUUGGAAUAUAAUCCUCGCGUCGUUCUCAUGCAUGGGAUUUCUCCGCUCAAUCCAAGAGUUAAUAUAUGAAUGGACAGUUUCCCCAAUUGGUGGUCUCCAACGCUCGGUAUGCUUUGCGGAUAAUCAUAAUGUGGCGACUUCUUUGUGGGGACUCUUGUUUGCUUGGUCCAAGAUCCUGGAGUUUGGCGACACUGCUUUCAUCGUCCUGAGGAAACAGAAGCUUAUUUUCCUCCACUGGUUUCAUCAUAUCACUGUCUGCAUAUACUGCUGGUUCGCUUAUUCGUCCUAUGAUCCUUCAAGUCGAUGGUUCUGUACAAUGAACUAUGCUGUACACAUGACAAUGUAUACCUAUUAUGCAGCUAAGGCUUUGCAUAUAAAAAUCUACAAAUAUAUCCCGAUGGCGAUCACACUCUUCCAAAUCGCCCAAAUGGUCCUCGGUGUGAUCAUAAAUAUUAAUACUUAUUAUAUUAAGCUCUCUGGUCAAGAGUGCAGACGACCAAUAAGCAACAUUCAUCUUGCUUUUGCAAUGUACGCUUCGUACUUUGUUCUAUUCGCCCGGUUCUUCUGGAAAGCGUACUUCCGGAAAACGAAGUCAGAAUAAUUAUUGAAUGAUUGUAAUAAAUAGUUGCCAAAGUGUAGACCUGAUGUUGACAAAUGUAGCUUUAAUAACAAUUAAUUAUUUGGUGGAGACAUUCUUACCUGAUUUAUUAUUUAUUUAUUAGAAUUUAAAUAACAAAUGCAAAUGUAUUACUUAUCAGUCAAUGGAAAAAAGAGUUAGACGUGUAUGUAUAUAGUUACAUAUUUAAUGGUUUGUUAGAAGUUAACCCACUGCUCAAAUAAUAUUUCUUAAUGUAUACCAAAGUAGAAACAUAAUGUAUACCAAAGUAAUAAAUGGGUUUAAUUUGUUGACUAAGA